AAAGAAACGGAAAGCUCCAAAGAUCACAAAAUACGUUUGCCCACAGACUUCUUCGCAUGAGCAUGAGCUUCAUGCGGGAUCAGAAGGCUGUAAAUAUCUCGGACUUGUCCAUUUUUGAGGGAUUCUUGGCGCCGGUAUUUACCUGUUUUGAGAAUAAUGAAGAGAAGACUUUAAAUGUGCAGCAUAUCGAUGCAUACGCGGAGUAUCUGAAAUUCCAUGGCGCCAAAGGAGUUCUAGUCAACAGCAUCACUGGUGAGGGUCCCAUAUUGGGCAAACUCGAACGUAAACUGAAUGCCGAGGCUUGGAGCAAGGCCUGUAAGAAGUACAAGCUAACCAUGCUGCUGCAAAUUGGUGGCGCACCGCUGCCGGAUGUGCUGGACUUGGCGAGACACGCCAGCAAAUUGAAUAUACAAGGUGUCGUCUGCAUACCGGAGCUCUUCUAUAAGCCGCGCGAUGUCGAGCACUUGGUGGGCUAUUGUAAAAUCGUUGCGAAACACUGUGGACAACUGCCCUUUCUCUACUAUCAUCUGCCACGUUAUACGAAUCUGUAUUUUGAUAUGGCUGACUUUUGUCGUCGCGCUGAGCAUCGCAUACCGAACUUCCUGGGCUUGGAAUAUUCACAUAGCGAUCUCGCUAUGGCGGCGCAAUGUAUGGCUCCAAAACGUGUCAUAAUACUUAGCGACUCGCGUUUGCUCUCCAGCGGUCUGCUGUUGGGUUUGAAGACCUUUUGCAUGGUUGUCUUCAAUAUGGCGCCAGAGUUAAUGAAAGCGAUUUAUGAAAGCAUGAAAUGCGAUGACUUGGACAAGGCCAAAGCAGAACAGAAACAAUUAAAUGAGUUAAUACGCGAACGCGUCACCAAACAGUUGAGAGGACGUUGGGUGAAAUAUAUGAAGAAUUGGUUCAAUGAAGAGAUGAAAUCGCCGGGCGGCGCCGAUUUUUCUGCUGGUCAUGCACGUCGACUCCACUAGUUAAUGUUUCUUUGGUAUUUCUGUUGUUCUGUUGUUCAAAUGAAAAGAAGGAAAUCAA